ACUCCUCUUCAAAGCAGCCAACGAAUGGGCUGGGAACAAAUAAAGCCUGAGCUGGCUAGCUGGGGAGGGUGGGAUGCUGAAUCCAUGGCCCACUACUUCAUCCCCACAGUAAAAAGGAAGCCAGGAGGGAUCAGGGACAAAAGCGCAGAAAGCCACAUCCUUGACAGGAGGGCCCCUCUCACUUCCACCAGAAACCCAGAACUUGAAAUGACAAACCCUAAACCACCGUCAUCGUCCCGGUGGGCCUUACACACUUCAGAGCUGUAGAGGGGCGAGCAGGAGAGAGACUCCAGCUCCGUCCCCCACCCACUGCGACCCAGGAUGGGAACUUCGAUGAAUUGUACUGGCUCUGUCAAUGUUCUCCGUGGCUGCUUCACUCUGGCUUAGACCUUCCGGGGCCCAGCACCACUUCGGAUUCUCUAGCACAGCAGAUCUCUCAGGGGAUCAUGAGGGACCCUGUAAGUAGCCAGUACAGCUCCUUUCUUUUCUGGAGGAUGCCCAUCCCAGAACUGGAUCUGUCGGAGCUGGAAGGCCUGGGCCUGUCAGAUACACCUACCUACGAGAGCAAGGAUAGCAGCAGCGUUGGCAAAAUGAACGGGCAGGCAUCUGGGACGGAGCAGAAGAACCCUGAAGGUGACCCCCUCCUUGAGUACAGCACCUUCAACUUCUGGAGAGCGCCUAUUGCCAGCAUCCACUCUGUCGACCUGGACUUGCUUUAAGGCCAAGAUCUCUCUCCCACCCCGUACCUUCAUUAUCUUCCCUCUUAAGUCCCUUCCUCUCUAAGCCUUCCACUUUAAUCUUGUUCUCUUCCCUCUAUUGUGCUGGUGGUGCUGAUGAAUCUGCCAAUUGAAUUGUAGGUUUGUAUGUAUGUACGUACUUAUUUAUCUAUCUAUAUUUAUUUAUUUAUUUAUUUAUCUGCCUACUCCGUUUCUCUCAAAAGCCCUCUAGGCACAAAGUCAAGGGUUUAAUCAAUGGAGUACUAGAUCAUAGGAUUUCCUCCCGUCAGCCCGGAGAAUAUUAACUAAUCCCAGAAAAGAAUCACCCUUAUUUGAGGCACCACAGAGAGGUACAGUUGUGCAAAAUGGGAGACCAAUUAUUUUGUUUGUUUGUUACAUUUUAAUCAACUUCAAAGAUUACUUGAGCCUCCCUAAUGUCCUCUACCAGGCCAGUAAGCAAAUACUGCUUCAAGAAGUAAUGAGAACCUGGAAGUUUUGAGACACUUUCUACAAAACAGGAUUUCUAAAAGGCUAAGAUAAGAAAUGCUGCUGCUGCUUACAAUGCAUUCUCUUCCCCAGAAACACGCAGGCAGUUAAAGGUGGGAAACAAAGGAGUGGGAUGAGGAAAAACAUCGCACCGUUUCAGAGGUAGCUCCUUUAAUAUCCAGCUCUGCUUCCAGCUGUGGGUAGAAAUGCUCAGAAAAUCAGAUUUGAGUCUUCACAGGGAAACUUCACUAUGAGGAUAAUUCCUAAAAGACAAAAGAUGUAUCUGAUCUAAAGAAACACCAGAGUAUUAUUAGGGGAAUUUAUAUAAAAUUGUGAUUUUGUCAUGGAACAGGCAGAUGUUUUGGUCCUAAGUAUUUUAGCUUUGCCUUUCUGUAGUUGCAGUAUGUGAUAGGAAUCAGUGAUUCCUGACACAGUUCUUUGGCCGCCAUAAGACCGUGAAGUAAGCAGUUAUGUUCAGACCCUACCCGUCCCCAUUCCUUCCAAAGCUAUUGCAGAUGAAUUGCGGAGCUGUUUAUUCAUUUAUGGAAUAAAGACGUUAAAUCCUAAGUCUGGGGCUUAGUUUUUUCCAUUCCAAUGAAGUACUACAGAUUUUACUCACACUUCCGAAUCCAGCUUUCCCUUUUAUCUUUUUUUCUUUCUUUUUUUUUUUAAGUGAAGCUUUUCUUUUUAUUUUAAAAAGAUUUACUAUACUAUAUAUGAGUACACUGUUGCACUCUUCAGACACACCAGAAGAGGGCAUUGGGUCCCAUUACAAGUGAGCCAACAUGUGGUUGGUGGGGAUUGAACUCAGGACCUCUGGAAGAGCAGUCAGUGCUCUUAACCACUGAGUCAUCUCUCCAGCGCUUCCUUCUGUCUGUCUAAUAUUUGACUUUGAAGAACAAUUUAGGAUUUGGACAUAGCUCAAUGGUAGAAGGGCUUGCCAAGCAUCUACAAGGCCCUGCUAGGGUUCCCCUGUAAGCAGCCAGUGCUCAGAGAUUAGCCACGCCCCCCAGCCCAUUAUUAACUUUUAAAUUUGUGUGGUUUUCUUCGGAGGCGGGCCUUGAACUCAGAGAAAUCCACCUGACUCUGCUGGACUCUGCUAGGGUGGGCCUAGCACUUUGGUAUUAAAUUAGGAGACCUGUGCCUCCUGCUGUGAUCAAA